AUACGAAAUGUGUUGUCAAGCCAACGCUGUUCGAGCGUCGUCAGACAUCGUGUGUUCACGCAAACGUGUAAUAACUAUGGACUUGACGCUUAAUUUAAAGUCUCUUCAGUUUGAAACCGGACUGAGUGAAGAGGAGAAACAGUGUGUGUUGUUGCGCAGUCGAUCUGCAGCGUUGGCAGUGUGUGGUUGUGCUCAGGCUGUGUUUCUCUGCAGACUCGCAUCCUUAUGCAGGGAUAAAUUAAACCAUCUAACCAAUAAAUCAGAGUUGCAGCCAUUGAAGGUUGGCAUUAUUGGCGGUGGGCUCAUGGGCAAACAGCUGGCACUGCUUUUACUGACUACACCAGGCUUUAAACCAGCUAACAUUAACAUGUCAACUAAAAGACCAGACUCACUGCGUGAAUUCUCAGACAGAGGGGUCAGGUGUUAUUUUGACAACUGCAGACUGGCUGCUUGGGCAGACGUGAUUUUUCUCUGCGUUCUUCCGUCUCAGCUUCGUCACGUGUGCACUGAUCUUCACUCCCAGCUGCCUGCUCGCUGCCUGGUGUACACUUUUACCUCAGCAGUGCAGUUACAAAGGUUGAAGUUGCUGCUUGGUCACACGUUUGUGCUCAGACCACAGAACAGAUUUAUGACCUGCGACUUGGGUGAAUUGUGGAUCCGCCAUAAUCAAGUAGCAGCAGCUCUAAAAGAUGAAGAGGUUCUGAGAGCAUCGGGUGCUCUCUGUUUGGACCAGAGCUGCUUGUCUGCUGUGCUCUACAGUCUCCUCAAUAUGUGCACAGCUGAGAGACUGAACGCCAAGCAAACCGUCCAGCUGCUCAACGAGCUGUUUCAGACAAGGACAAUGCCGCUUACCUGCCAAAGCUUUGUCAACUCAUCCUGGGCAUCAAAACUUAAUAACUCUGAUGAGCCUUUCCCCUGGAUUAACUUAAUUGAUGUACAGACAAAAAAGUCUCCUUUAAAUUCUUGCCUGUCCGGAUGUAAAGCUUUACAAGAAUGCAUUUCUGUGAUUUAUCAAAAAACAUUUUCUGGCUGAAUUUAGAGUGAAACAAGGACAAUUUCAGAAAAGUUUUUACAACAGUAUUUUUGUAACUGUGUAAAAUGUUGACUAUAUGCACAGGUCGCCUCAGUAGAUCUUACACGAAACACAGUGUUAGAAUAAGGUAAGGUUAAUGAGGCUCAGGAGAACAGAGCGAGUCUCUCAGCAACACUGAAAUACUUCUGGAGCUCUCUGGAUAUUUACUACCAUUUGGGGCUUAAUUACUUUGUAAUAGUUGCAUUGACUAUGCAACUGCACAAUUCAUUUUUUUCUUAUGUCAUAUACCAAGAAAACCAAACAACAUGAUUAUGUUCUCAUGACUGUUGGAAUGGAUUAUUUGUUCGUCAUUUAUCAGGUCACGUGUUUUUUUAAGAAGUUCAUAUGGCAUGACAAGAUGUAGACAUACACAUAUGAUUUUCAUUCUUAAAACAUCAGUAUGCUUAUUUAUUUUAGAAAGGUUCUAUGACUUGUACUGCUAUAAAAUAUCUGAGUGCUACAAA